AGAUGGUCGUGAAACAUACGAUUUGUGUAAUUUUAUUUAUCGUAAUAUUAUAUCCUUCCUCACUCUUCCGCAAAGAGGAGGAGGAGAUGGGGAUGGUGGUGGAGAGAGGAUUCAAGGUCUCUUCACUUUUCUCGUAUAGAUCACUUUCGAUUCUCGAUCGGAAUGCUAAAUUAUAUAUAUAUAUAUAUGAUUCUUUCUUAUGAACUCGACGAGGAAACAACUGAUUUUGGGAUCUCAGUGGAUGGCGAGAAAAAAGAUAUUGGGUGAAAUGGGAUAUGAUUUCACUAUAGUGACUGCAGACAUUGACGAGAAAGCUAUCAGGAGAGACAAUCCUCAAGACUUGGUUGUCGCUCUUGCUCAAGCCAAGGCAGAUGAGAUAAUAUCCAAAUUGGGAGGUCAAAGCCAGUUUGCACAAGAUCCUCUACCAACCUUAUUGAUUACUGCUGACACUGUAAUUGUGUACAAAGGUGUUAUCCGAGAAAAACUAAUCUCCAAAGAAGAAGCUCGCCAAUUUAUCAAAGGCUAUUCCGGGUCACACGGAAGCGUUGUUGGAUCUGUUAUUGUAAGCAACUUGAAAACUGGUGUUCAAAGAGCUGGAUGGGACAAAGCUGAGGUUUAUUUCCAUGAGAUACCAGCAAAAGUCAUUGACGAUCUCAUUGAUGAUUCCAUAACUUUCAAGGUUGCUGGAGGUUUAACCCUUGAGCAUCCCCUCAUUUCUCCCUUUAUUGAUACAGUGGUGGGAGGAGUUGAUACUGUUAUGGGACUUCCUAAAGAACUCACUGAAAAAAUCAUCACCGAUGCGUUGUAGCUCAAUCUCCCCUCCCCCCCCCCCCCAGAAGAUUCCUAGAUUGAUUAUACUCUGUGGUUCUUAAGAUUUUGUUUGUUUGAUUCUGUAAUCAAAUCGCAUAUGUUGUAAGUGGAUAAAACAUAUAUUUACCUUCUUGUUAUCCCCAAAUAUUGAUGAUGUUUCUGGACUCCAAACUCUUCGCUCACUCAGUGUAUGUGGGUUAUAUUUCAUGUGAUAAGUGAUGCAUUAAUUUUUUUA